CUUUAUGCUUGCGACUUAAGGAAUGAACCACCCGGGGUUUUUCGUAGUUAGACAUGUAAUGUGUUUGGAUAAUUGGAAUACUCCUUCUUGCAUUUGGAUUAUCUGUACGUCCGGGAUUGCCAAUCGACUUCUUCUCCUAAGAAGGAGAGAAGGAUUCAAAGAGAAGCAGCGCCAGGCACUCAAUCAGUUUACUACUUUUCUGGUCUAAUCAAUCCAUCACAUACCUGUGGUAAACCUUCAUAGUAAUUGGUUGCUACGUGGAGAAAUUUGUAAGCAAACGACGUCCCACGAUACUCUCGAUGACUUUUCCACGAGGAGUUUUUCCCGUCAGGAAAAUGUGAUGGAUAUCGAAGAUUGGGCCGUUGCCGAAUACAAUUUUCUUACACAAUAUUUUCAAAAUGUUAUUUAGCGACUUGCCACACAAAUGGUCUUAUCUAUUAUUCAUUAUCAUUGCCCCCCUCUUUGAUCUAAAUACAUCUGGAAAUUUGCACUCCCCAUGCAGGGACGAACAUUUUUAGACAGAGGAGUGAAUCUAGAGCUAAACCGAUUGAGAAAACGAUUUUAAUAAAAGAUGACGGCCUACCGAGUGUUGCAUAUAUUCGCAGAGACUUAAUAUGCGUUUAUUACAGUUUAACAAUAUUACACAUAUUUAAUAUAUAAUGCAAGUGGAAUCAUCUUAUACCAAAUAUACGGGGCGUGUACCACCUUUGGACUUAUCUCAAGUUAAUAGCAAUAAUUGUCGCAAUCAAACGGACUUACACGAUUUAUGGGCAACAACAGCGGCAACAACAAAGACUGAUUUACUUAACUCACCCGCCCAAUUAAAACGAGCGAUGUUACAUCAUCCCUACUAUCAACAACAUCAUCUUCAUAAUCAUCAUAAUCAUCAUCAUCAUCAUCAUCAUCAUAAUGGUCAACAACAGCAGCAAAGGGUGCUUAAGACGGUCGUCACCAACUCCGCAUUACAUUGCAGUGAAAAUUUUCAAAGUCAGUUAAAUGAAUUUUCAUGUGAUGAUUUACCUAUGGAUCCCCGCGAUUGGUCUAGAGCUGAUGUUUGGAAAUGGCUGAUCAGUAUGGCCGUUUCCGAAGGUCUCGAAGUUACUCCAGAAUUACCUCAAAAAUUUCCAAUGAACGGCAAAGCUUUGUGUUUAAUGAGUCUUGACAUGUAUUUAAGUCGUGUACCGGUCGGCGGCAAAAUGUUGUAUCGUGAUUUUCGUGUACGCCUUGCGCGAGCAAUGGCUUCGUUAUCAUAAUGUUAAAUAUAUAUCGGAUUUUAGUAUUUUUUUUUUUUUUUUUAUUAAAAAUAAAAAUUUUCC